AUGCGGAAUAAGUGUGUGAAAUUAGCACGCCAGCGCGACAAGUAGGUGCCUUGUAUUAUUAAUUAUUAUUAGUUAUUUACCAAUUACAAGCUCAUUAUUUUGCGGCUCACUAGUAUGAGCUUGCAAUCACCUUGCCAGUCGCCUUGACUUCGGCGAGUAAUUGUUUUAGUAUACAUUUCCAGGUGAAUAUUAUGAUUUUUAAUAAGCCGUAAAAUUAAUUUUGUGUUUAUUUGCACUUUUCACUGUUGUAUACAUCAUGGCGUAAACAUGAACUUCGAGAGAACUAUCAUACACAAAUGUCCCAAUAUCUUCGUUCAUGUCUUUUAUGAUAGGUAUACCAUAUGGCUCCAUUUUGAAAAAUGUUAUAGUCACUGGCUGCCCAGUGAGGUCGGCACUUGUUUCCAUCUACCAAACUGAUGUGACGUCAUUUUCUCAGCUUUCAAUAAAGUAUAAAAGCUUUGAAAAUAAACCUAACCCUUAACCUAUAAACUCUAACCAAAUCAGGGGAAAAAUCAUCUUUGAAAGGUGGAAACAAGUGGCCCAGUAACUAUCACUUGACAGUGUAGCCUGCGUGCAGCAGGACUUUAAAUGGGGAGAAGUCAGUCUGCGAAUCAGGGAACAAUACCGUGUUCGCGCCAUCUUUUGAAUUGCAUGGAUUUCUGUAUUCAAACGUAAUUGGCUAUUGCUCAGAAGCUUAUUACACAUGCUACGAUUGGUUAAUCAUUAAUAUAUUAAGUUCAACAAAAUAAUAUAUUUAGCAAAAUGGCAACUUAAGAACCCUCAAUGAGAAACCUUUCAUAUCUUUUGUAUGGGUUUCGUGCAUAAAUUACACACAACAUUGGUCUUCGUGUUUUUAUCCGCCAUUUUUUCAUUCUGGAAUGUUGUUUGAACUAUGGUAAAUAUAUUAAUGAAUUCAAUUGGCCAAUCGUAGCAUGUGUAUUAAGCUUCUGAGCACGAGCCAAUCACGUUUGAAUACAGAAACUAUGCAAUUCAAAAGAUGACACGAACACGGUAUUGUUCCCUGAUUCGCAGACUGACUUCUCCCCACUUAAAGUCAGGCUGCAUGCAGGCUAUUGACAGUGGGGCUGCGUUGACUAAUCAGAUUGCAAGAAAUGUUAUAGUCACCUCAAAAUUUAUACUAAAAGUUAAUAUAAACUCUGCUUCUUACACAUAUUCUUUCAAGACUUGUUAUGAAACUUUGUAAAUUAGAUUAUAUAAAUUUUAAGAACAAACCAUACUAUAUACUAACCUGAUGUAUCAGCCAGCAUUAUUUCCUCAUCAUAUUUUGCUUGUUUGUUCUCUAUAAGUACGGGCAUAAAGGAUUUAUACGUAUAUGGAAUGCUAGAUAGCCUAGUUUUGGACAGUUAGUUUUUCAUGAACCUUAUCCAAACUUCAACCAAAACAGAAUUAAAGCAGCAUAUGAGGUGCCAUGUUAGAGUCAGUAUCCAUGUUGCUCGUCCAAGUUUCAAAACAAGUAAUGUUGGACACAUGUUGGUGUAUGCAUGUGUGUUGCUUUACAAGUUUUUAUUAUAUAAUUAUCUUUCGCUUACUAGUCUGGUUUUUAUUGCAAUGAAGUCAACUUAGCCUAGUCAAAUUGCAUUCACAACCCAUUGCUUUGGCACUCCAGUAACUACUGUAGUGUCUUCAUUACUGUACAUACUCAAAUCCAGUUUUCAUUGUUAGUAUAUAUACAUGAUAAAUUAUUAAAAAUCACUAAAAAAUCCAUUAGUGGACUUUUAAAUUCUUAUCUAUCACAUAUAAAAUAUUCAGAAUUCCAUUGUUUUUACUGUUGUGUUUGCCCCAGUAUAGACAAGAUGGAGUCACAAACAGCAAAAAGGUGUAUACAAGGAUUAGUUUUAGGCUAAUCUCUCCUUGCCUGUGGCAAACAACAUAGAUUGGACAUUUGUCUUCUGAUAAUAGCUGACAAAUUUUGACAGCUAAUGCUACUUCCUUUGAAGGGAAGGGUAGUCUGGUCAAUGUCACAAUAUAUAUGACCACUUUAUGUAGCUGAAAACCUUCAUUCCUUAAACUUUUAUGGCUUAAAUUUCAUGUACAAUAUAUAGGUUAAUUUAUAGCACGCCAUUGUUUCCAAGGCUAAAAAAAUAUUAUCAUAGCUUUUUUACACACUUAUUUGGCUAUCAUUUAGUUUAAAAACUUUUAGAAAUUAUUGGGGGCUUGCCCCCCCCCCCCCCCUCAUACCCUGUCACUUUAGUGUCUGCAACAGCCCACUGCUCAAAAGUAGUAAUUACCUCUAUCUUGACAUUUACAGCAUUUUACUGACUGUCCGUAUCCUUCUUCCCCAAUGCCAACCCCACAAAAAACAUGGACUGCACGAUGACAUGUUAUGCAUUUAUGUGCCCCAGACACCUCGCCAAAGCAAACAUGGCAGUUGCCAUCUGUUAAAAAUAAAAUUAUGCAUUGACUCUGUGAAAUACAGUACAUCAUAGAGACAUUAAAUCCAAAUCACUGCAAGGAAUAAUGUAUUUAUUUAAUACAGUGCUACUCAGCAUUACCUCUAAUUUUAGAUUACUACGUAGGCAAAUUUAUAAUCUCUGCAAAAUGAAGGUUUGAAAUUUUACCGUACCUGUAACCUGGUUAUCUGGUUCACCAUGCCCAGCCACAAGUGAGGGGAUGGCUAAAUCAUCCUUACUUUUUGCUAUAAAUUAAAGUGAAUCAACGUUAUACAAUGUGGUUGUUACUAUAGGGCCAGUUGUAUAAAGCUCUUAAUUACCUUUUAACUAUCCGUUUCAUAGUUAAAUGGUAAUUAACUCUAAAAUAUGUGAUCAGUCCGCGUGAUUCGUUGACUUAUAUAGUCACUACAAAACAAGCUUGAACGGAUGGCAUUUUGCAAUUACCGGUAUUAAUUGCAAGGCCUAGUUAGUGUACUUUUUAACUACAUGUGAUUCAUUGCUUUUAGGUAAAGGUUUUGUUUGAUAAUCUUACAGUAACUAUAUCUUUCAGGUUUAUGAUAAAGAAAAGCGCAAGCGUGGCUGAGUAAUUUGCAUAUUUGGCAUACCUAAUGACUGGUGAUCUGAUUGGUCUUCCAUAGUCACAUCUCGGAUGUCUUGAUCGUGCUUUUCUUUUUCUACGAAGUGGAAUUAGCGUGGUAAGAUGAUGUGAAAAAUGUUUCAAGUCGUGCAUUUCAUUGUCUGCUAACAUAAUUGACCGAUCACACAUGCCACAAUGUGAAAUUGGCGAUUACGAAUGGACAAUUGCAGCUAUAGACUAAAUUUUGAUCUAGGCAAGAAGAACGAAAUCCAUCACUACAGCUAGAAAGAGCAGCUUAAAAUUAGUAAAUUUGCAAACUUUGGUCGCGAAAUGUUGUAAAGUGAGGAAAAUAUAGCCCUGUAAAUUUAACGAAUUUUGUAUAUUACUUUUGUAUUACGUGCAGAAAUUUGCACCACUUUUGAGCCGAAAGUGGUGCAAAUUUCUGCAUAUAUAUUACAAAAGUAUACAAAAUUUGCGAAAUUUGCUGGCCUAUAUUUUGCUCAUGUUACAACACUUCGCGACCAAACUUUGCAAUUUGACUAAUUUUAAGCUGCUCUUUCUAGCUGUUGUGAUGGAUUUCGUUCUUCCAGUCUGGAUCAAAAUUUAGUCUAUAUAGCUGGAAUCAUCCAUUUUACCGUACCUGUAACCUGGUUAUCUUUCUCACCAUGCCCAGCCACAGGUGAGGUGAUGGCUAAAUCAUCUUUACUUUUUGCUAUGAAUUAAAGUGAAUCAACGUUAUACAAUGUGGUUGUUACUAUAGGGCCAGUUGUAUGAAGCUCUCAAUUACCUUUUAACUAUCCGUUUCGUAGUUAAAUGGUAAUUAACUCUAAAAUACGCGAUCAGUCCGCGUGAUUCGUUGACUUACAGUAUAUAGUCACUACAAAACAAUCUUGAAAUUGCCGAUAUUAAUUGCAAGGCCUGGUUAGUGUACUUUUUAACUACAUGUUACUCAUUGCUUUUAGGUAAAGGUUUUGUUUGAUAAUCCUACAGUAACUAUAUCUUUCAGGUUUACGAUAAAGAAAAGCGCAGGCGUGGCUGAGUAAUUUGCAUAUUUGGCAUACCUAAGCACUGGUGAUCUGAUUGGUCUUCCAUAGUCUCAUCUCGGAUGUCUUGAUCGUGCUUUUCUUUUUCUACAAAGUGGAAUUAGCGUGGUAAGGUGAUGUGAAAAAUGUUUCAAGUCGUGCAUUUCAUUGCCUGCUACAUAAUUGACCGAUCACACAUGCCACAAUGAGAAAUUGGCCAUUACGAAUUGUACCGAGUCACAAUCGCGGUCAAAAUAAUGUCAUAAUCAUUCGAAUGACCUUAUUCAUUUUGCACAUAACUAAUUUUUUUCUAAAGGUAAAAUAAAUUUCAACCAUCUAAAGUAAACAUUUCGUAGCUUUGCAAAAGCUACGUCAAUGUGCUUCAGCUGUGCAAGUCGACAGCCUUUAUCAGGAAUUCUUUGAUUUCCAAAAUAAUCGAUUAAAUACAAUGGGGGGGGGGGCAUAGUCGAGAAACAUUCGCCAACCCCAAUCGUCUACCAAUUACACAAUCGGUCCGUUUCCUUAUCCAUUGUAAUAAUCUGUGAAUAAUUGCACGCGAAGUCAACAUUGUAAAACUAAAUACUUUUCAAUCCUAUCAUAACCGAAUAAUCAACAUCUGGAUUCUGGAAUACCGUAUGCAAAGACGUCUGGUUUUUGCUAACACUAAUACCGUAUCUCUUUCAAACGUCUACCAAAGCGUAUGUUUAGAUACUUUAUACUAGCAUAUUUGAUUCUACUUAGAAGUUAAAAUGGCAUGUACUGUACGUGACCAUUGGUCCGUCCAUACGUCUAAUUCGAUUCCUGUUCGUUCCUCGUACAUUUGGAGUCCAAAUUUUUGUCAGUUUACAUUUUAAAGGCAUUUCUAAUGGAUUGUUUUCUUUAUAUAGUGCACUGCAACCUUUGGUAAAUCAAAUUUAAAUCACCGAUAUAAAGAAAACGGUGAUGAUAGCAAGUAACUGGCAAAUUUGGCGUACCUGUAACUUCAGCUGAUUUGAUUUCACUGUUCUGGUUUCCUUUCUCUACAAAAGGGAAUUGGCAUACAAAAGUCAGGUGAUGUUAAAAUUCAUCGUUGGUCAGGCCACGGAAUUAGAAAAAAAUAACAGUCAUGAAAUUAAAGCAGGCUGGCAACUGACAAAUUUACAGUAUAGCGUAUAUGAUAGUCUGUGAAAAUGAAUUUCUGGUGAAUUAAUAAAUAUGAAUGGAUUGUACCAUACAUUUAGCCUAAUUGCAUCCAAUGUAUGUCUGCAACGUGGUAUAAAGCCUUCAACUUCCUCUUAUUUACCCGUUUUGCAAUUAAAUGGUACGCGAUUCUGCGUGAUUCGUUCACUUAUAUACUCACUACAAAACAAACUUGAACUGAUGGCAUUUUACAAUUGGCCCCAGAUGGCAUUCGGAGAAAAAAAAGUUGGAGCCAGUUAUAGCCAGUGAUAUGUUGUCAAUUUGGAAUCUACCGUACCUAUAACCAGGAUAUCUGGUUGACCAUCCCCAGCCACAGCUGAGGUGCUGACUACAUCAUCAUUGCGUUUUGCUACAAAUUAAAGUGAAUCCUUAAUCUGAAAUCAUUAAUAAUUCAUAGGCUAAAAACAAAGGAAAUCACUAGGAUGGUGGUAACUGGAAAUGUAUCUUAAUUAGCAUAAAAUAUCGCCAACUUUGGCUCAAAUUUGUAUAGGAAAUUACACGGUUCGAGAAGUAUUAAUAAAAAAAUGCACGCGUGUUUGGCGAAAUAUCGUAUGUGUUAUGUCUAUGUAAUGUUUAUAACAUGAGCGGCCGUGUUGUAUCAUAUACAAACUCGAGCCGAAGGCGAGAGUUUGUAUAUCUGAUACAACACGGACGCGAAUGUUGUAAGCAACUUAAAAAACGACUCAUCUUAUGAGUUCAUUGGCGAAGUAAUUUUAAAAAUAAACGUUGUCUAAGCCGAGAAAAUCAAAGUUAAAGUUUAUGUAAAUCAACAUGAAUCUGUAUCACAUAUACAGAUACGACACGCUUAUGAUUUUUCUUUGUGUUUUCUUCAUGAAUUAUUAAUGGAUUUUUUAAGUACUAUUUAAAAAACGAGCAGGAGUGUUUUAUUAGGUUUAAAGCCACGAGCGUGCAGCGCGAGUGGCUUUAGACCUAAUAAAACACGACCUGCGAGUUUUUUAAAUGACUUCAAUAACGUAUGCAUAAUAAGUCAAAUCUUUAUAUAAAAAUCUUUAUAUAAAAACCUUUAUAUAGUUUGCAUAACAAUGGUCUUUUGUUAAAGUGUUCUUUAGCUGGUAUCAAGACGUAUGCACGUGACUAAUUUCUUACUCAAGAUUGGAUAAUUGCUUCAUGAAUUAUUAAUGAGUUUUUGAAGUAUGGUUAAAGUGCCCAUGAAAAUAAUUCUGUAUGAUAGUGGCGUAGGUGAAAUUUCCAAAUGGCGCAUACCUGUAUCACGUAAUUUACGUUUGUCUGGGAAAAGACUUCGUAUUUUCUCUAAAAAAGCGAAUAGAUUGUUCAGCAUCAAGAAAACAACUUUGCUGUUACAGUUUUUUAUAUUGAGUGCUCGAAAUAGAGAAGAAAUGUGGCUUGCUAGUUUAUUUUUUUGCAUCUGAAUUGACAUAAAUUUUAACCUAGCGAGGUCUCAUAUAUUGUAGAAAUGAACGUUUUCAUGCAUUUUUAUUAUUUUAUCACCCUACUAUAAAGUGAAAUAUAUCUGUAGAAUUUCGCCUACCAUUUUGUUUUACUUGAAAGUUCAAUUUUUUCAUCAUUUCUGAAAUAUCGCCUGCUUUUGGCCAUUGGCAGCCCGCUUGCGUGGUCUUGAAAUAUAUUUUUCAUUGUUAUUAUUUGGUAAUGUAUAUACGUACGUGCAUAUAUUUCCUUUUUCAGAUUGGAAAAAUAUGUCUUGCUCCUGUGGGUCUUGGCAAUAUCUGGAAAAAACGCGAAUACGCCUUAAUAAAUGCGCUUUAUAAUUAA